AUGCCCCUUUCAGCCUUUGUCCCCAACCCCCACCCUCUAGACCCGUUGCAUGUGGGGGAAAUCAAGACUGCAACGGCCACGAUCCUUCGCCAUCUUGGUAUCUCACGAGACGACGUCCGCUUCAAGGUCAUUGAUCUCUACGAGCCCUCCAAGGAUGAGACCUUGAAGUACCUUGCACAGAGCGGGUCUGCCCCUGAUCGGCGAGCACGCGCCUACUUUCAGCGAUCAAAGACACCCGUCCUUUCGAUUGCAAUUGUAAAUAUCACAAAGGGUGUCGUGGAAAGAAGCUACGAUGCCCCGGACUCCCAAGGCCCCGUUGACUGGGUCGAGUACGAUCGGAUUCACAAGGCGUGCCUCUCACACCCUGCGAUCCUCGCAGAGGUUGCCAAGUUGAAACUGCCCCCAAAUUCUCGAAUUGAGAAUGACCCCUGGAGUUUCGGGACGGAUAACCAUGAGGAACGUCGCCGGCUCUUCCAGUGCUACAUGUAUCUCGCCCUCAGCGACGAUCCCGAGGCCAACCACUACUCCAUUCCACUCCCACUCGCCCCCAUCUUCGAUGCUCAUACCCUCGAGCUAGUUGAGCUACAGCGCCUCCCCACCGGCGCCACCGACGAGCUUGACGAGGAGACCCAACCCUGGGAUCCCACCAGUGCUGUUGAGUACAGCGCCGACCUUUUAGGCCCCGAUGCAUUCCGCAAAGAUCUCAAGCCACUGAACGUCAUCCAGCCCCAGGGGCCUUCCUUCUCGAUCCAAGGGCGCCAUGUGCAGUGGCAAAAGUGGUCGUUCCAACUCGGCUGGAACAUGCGCGAGGGACCUGUCCUCAAUGAUGUCCGAUACGACGGGCGCUCUCUGUUCUACCGUGUCUCCAUGAGCGAGAUGACGGUCCCCUACGGCGACCCCCGCUCGCCAUACCACCGCAAGCAGGCCUUUGAUCUGGGCGAUUCAGGAUUCGGCCUGACAUCCAACUCCCUGAAUCUGGGCUGCGACUGCCUGGGACACAUUGCAUACUUCAACGGGAUCCGCGUCACGAGUGCCGGGGAGCCCGUGAUCAUGCCCAACGUCGUCUGCAUGCACGAAGUCGACGACGGGAUCGGCUGGAAGCACACCAACUGGCGCAAUGGCAAGUCGUCUGUCGUGCGCGACCGCCAGCUCGUCGUGCAGUGCACGGCCACCGUCGCCAACUACGAGUACAUCCUCGCCUUUGUCCUCGACCAGGCGGCCAAUCUCCACGUCGAUGUCCGCGCCACGGGCAUCGUAUCCACCAUGCCCAUCAAAAAGGGCGUCCAAGUCCCAUGGGGAACGGUCGUGGCGCCCGGUGUCCUCGCCGUCAACCACCAACACCUCUUCUGUCUCCGUAUCAACCCUGCGCUGGACGGCCGCAACAACACAAUCGUCUACGACGACUGCAUCCCCGUGCGAAACGAGCCACAGCUCGACCCCUUUGGGUGCGCGUUCAGGGUCAAACAGACGCAAAUCACCAAACCCGGCGGCUACGAUCUGGACCUGACGCAGAACCGCACGUUCAAAAUCCUCAACGAGUCUCACAUCAACUCCAUUGCCGAUAAACCCGUGGGCUACAAGCUGCAUCCUGUACCCAGCCAGAUGCUGAUGAUGGGGCCGGAGACCUUUAACCUCCGGCGCGGCGUCUUCUCCACGAAACCAAUCUGGGUCACCGAGUACCGCGACCAUGAGCUCUGGGCGUCGGGGGAAUUUACGAACCAGAGUCGCGAGGACACCGGGUUAGCAGAGUGGGCAGUGCGCAAGGAUAAUAUCCGGGACAAGGAUGUCGUUCUCUGGCACACCUUUGGGGUAACGCACGUUACUCGGACUGAAGAUUUUCCCGUCAUGCCAGCAGAGAAGAUGACCGUAUCUCUAAAGCCCGUCAACUUCUUUGACCUGAAUCCGUCCAACGAUGUACCGCGCUCCAACCAAAAGGACAACAAGUCGACUCUGCAUCAGAACGAUACCUCGUGCUGCUCUGCUCGUCCCUCUCGGAUCUAG